CGUGCGGAACACCGAGCAUAUUGAGUUGUUACGUCUUUGGCUUGACGGGGAAAGUCUGGUCCACUAAGUCAGUCCUGAGCGCGAUCAGGCGUUUCUUUGCCACACCAGUUCCCAGCUGCGGAGAGUCAGCGUCAGGCGAUACUUCAGAUCCUGCUUGAAACCUUCUACACAUCUCACCAUCCCACCGUCGGCUUGUUUCAAAGUACUAGUCAUGAACAGUAACGGUAACAGCGAGUCGGGGAUCGGUAGUAACGGGAGCCCGCGGUCCAGCUCCACGGGGAGUGCUGGGGGCAGCCCCGGCCCCAGUACAGGCGGCAGCCCCGGGCCGAGCUCGGGGAGCAUGGGCGGGUCGGAGAGCUCGCCAGGCGGGAUGGAGAUGCCCGGACCCCGAAGCAUCAGCCCUCCAACCCUCGGUGUCACCACCCUGCGGCACUCCUAUCCCGGCUGCAUGCCGGACGCCAUCUUCUCACACGACAUGGGACGGCCGGGACUUCAGAAGUUUGAAGGUAAGCGUCUUUUGUCGCACACGGCCUGUAAGGUGUGCGGAGACACCUCCAGCGGCAAGCACUACGGCAUCUACGCCUGUAACGGCUGCAGCGGCUUCUUCAAACGCAGCGUGCGCCGCAAGCUCAUUUACAGAUGCCAGGCGGGAACAGGGAUGUGCACCAUUGACAAGGCCCACCGUAACCAGUGCCAGGCCUGCCGCCUGAAGAAAUGCCUGGCUGCCGGCAUGAAUAAGGACGCCGUCCAGAACGAGCGGCAGCCGCGCAACAGUGCUCAGGUGCGUCCCGAUCAGAUCGACAUGGACACGGACCCGGCAGUGAUCGCCACGGCCCGGGACUCCCUCCCCGCGCCCAUGCUGCACCCGCAGCGGGCCGUCAGCGGCAGUCCGCCGGCUGGGCACCGCUUCAUGGCCAGCCUUAUGACAGCAGAGACAUGCGCCAAGCUAGAGCCGAAAGAAGCCGAAGACCAGCAGUACGUCGACGUUACCAGCGUAUCUCCCGACCGCCCGGAAGUUCCGGAAGCCAUCCACCUGUACCCGUCCGCCCAGGAGAACAUCUACGAGGCCUCGGCGCGCUUGCUCUUCAUGGCCGUCAAGUGGGCCAAGAACCUGCCGGUCUUCGCUAACCUGCCCUUCCGGGACCAGGUUAUUCUUCUGGAGGAAGGAUGGGGUGAGCUGUUCCUCCUCUGCGCCAUCCAGUGGUCCAUGCCCUUUGACACCUCGCCGCUCGUCUCCCCAACUGAGCAUGCCCAGAGCGGCGGCUCGGGCGCCACCUUGCUGGACCUGCGUGCGCUGCAGGAGAUGGUGGACAGAUUCAAGGCCCUGGAAGUGGAUCCUUCCGAGUUCGCCUGUUUGAAGGCCGUCGCGCUGUUUAAACCAGACACUCGCGGGCUGAAGGACCCUCUGCAGGUGGAGAAGCUUCAGGACCAGGCACAGCUGAUGUUAGCUGAACACACCCGCAGUCAGAACCGGAACCACCCCAUCAGAUUCGGCAGAUUGCUCCUGACGUUGCCGUGCCUCCGCCAUGUUGGACCAGAUCGUAUAGAGACGAUUUUCUUCCAGCGGACAAUCGGAAACACACCAAUGGAACGUCUGCUUAGCGACAUGUUCAAAAACUGAUCAAAUCCAAAGCCAAUGUCUUGGUAGGAUAUGUA